AUAAUUAAUAUAAAAUUGGUCUGCUCCUUCAUUCCUCAUUCAACCUAAAACCGUCUCUCACCAUCACUACCACGAUCCUCACUACUUGUCAGUUUCCCAUCUAUGUUCUACCAUGUAUGUUUUGAGAUAUUACAACUUCCAAAUUCUUAGACACUAUAAAUACACUGAAGAAAUCUUCCGGGUAAACUCUUUCUUAGGCACAUCUAUUUUUCCGUCAUGGCCAGACCUUUAGAGAGAAUCGCCGAUAUCAACGACAAGAAGGAGCUAUGGAAGGUUGCUGUCAGGGUGCACCACAAAUGGAUGGUUGUCUCCAACAACAAAGAGCACUUUGAGAUGAUAUUCAUAGACAAAGAGGGGGAUGAUAUACAUGCUGUGGUGACAACAACCCAUAUGGCUGCGUUCUAUGACAAAAUAGCACAGGACCAUACUUACACGGUGUCGAACUUCAAAGUUCAGCCAAAUGUGUCGACUUUCAAACCAUCGUCGCACAAGUUUAUGGUGAAGUUUACCGGAGGAACAUCCGUUGGUGAUGACGAUAAACACGAAAUACCACCCAAACCACUGAAAUUUACAAGUUUUUCUGAUAUCAUCACUGGCAGGUUUAAAAAAGAUGUACUGAUAGACAUCAUAGGAAUGGUGGAUAGCAUUGGAUUUUCGGUGGCACAAUCAGGGGCUAAAAAACAACAAGUUAAUUUAGUGCUACGUGACCACAGCAACAACACCUUGAACUGCACUCUUUGGGAGUCCUAUGCUGACCAAUUCAUCAAGUUCAAUCAGGAUCGGGUGAAUGCGUCUGCACCAACUGUGGUCCUGCUUCAAUAUGCAAAAGUCAAGGAAGAGGGGAAGUUUCCACUGUCCGUCACAAACACUUACAACGUUACGAUGCUCUACCUGGAUGCUGAUUUUCUUCCAAUCAAAGAGUUUAUAGACAACAUCCCUAAAGAUUUGGUGGUUAGUGUGUCUGGACAACUAAGUUGUAAUUCUCAGCUUACCUCACAAGGCUCCGAAAAUACUCAACAAACUCCUGUUCAGAAGUUACUAUCUAAGGCCGUUGUUAUGCCUCUCACUGAGAUUACCAAACUUACUGACAUCACAUUUUGCGCUACUGUUGCCGAAACUAAAAUUUUAGUAGCAUCUCCAUUUGGCUGGUAUUAUCGAGCCUGUCAUUUAUGCCCAAGGGUUGCACGCGGUGACAAACCUCCAUUUCUUUGUGAAGCUGGUCAUUCCACCGAAGCUGAGAUAUUUAGGUAUAAGAUAGAAAUUGAAGUUUGCUACUCAGGGAAAAGUUGUAACUUUGUUUUCUGGGACAGAGAAUGUGCACAGAUUUUGGAUUUAUCUGCUGCUCAGAUGCGCGACACCAUGAUUCAGGCUGGAAUUCAUGAUCCAUUAGAAUUUCCACUGGCACUCGAUGCGAUGUUGAAUUUGGAGAUGGCAUUUAAAGUUAAGUGGCAUCCGCGUUGGAAAAAUUGCUCUGUUGUCAUGAUCCUAAGAGAUGACCCCUUCAUCAAACAACUUAAGGCCCCUUGGGAACUUCCCCUGCAGAAGGCAGCUGGAAAUGUCCCGUCUAAAACAUCGGAGUUGCUGCAGAUUAAAGAGAGUGUUGAUGAGGCGAGGACUGAAGCCCCUGAAGAAUGUGAUUUGGUUACGGAUCUUGAGAUUACGUCGAAGCAUAACCCUGAUCCGAUAACACCCACGUCUAAAAGACAGCUUCCAGAUGGAUCAAGUGAAUCAACAACUUUUGAAGGAUUGUCUGAAGGAGAACUCUCAUCGAACAAGCUUAAGAAGAUCAUCAAAAUGGAGAAGAAAGAUUAGUUGUAGCUAUACUUUGUUUAUCGUCUUGAAUCCUAAUCUGUUUGUUUCAUUGUUGCAUUUUACUUUUUAAUCGACUAUAACUACUUUAGCAUUUGCGGUUGAAGUUUAUCAAUAUGCAUUAUUUAUUCAUAA